AUGGCGCCUUUCCUCCCCCGCAUGCAUCUCUUCGAGAUCGACGACCAGACCUGGUUCCCAAGCUUCCUUCGAGCUCGCGUCCAGGCGGCGCUGACCUUGGCCUGGACUACCCACGUUCCAAUUCUCCAACGGAGCUCCCCAGCCCACCUUGUCGCGAAGCUGCUCUACAGCAACCUCAAGACGACGGUGCGCGACUAUGUCUUUAUCGACUUUUGCGCGGGCGGCGGCGGGCCGACGCCCUCGAUCGAGAAGCACCUCAACGCCGCGCUCGGCUGCUCGCCGGCGCCGAGCCCCGCAGCCCCCGUCCCUAACGGCGUGUCGGCCUCGUCGUCCCCGUCCCCGCCGCACCCGAGCUACGCCGCGGUCGCGGCAGCCGAAGCACCCGUGCGCUUCGUGCUGACGGACCUGCACCCGCACGUCGACGACUGGGAGAAGGCGGCGGCGCUCAGCCCCAACGUCACGUUCGAGGCCGGGUCCGUCGACGCGGCCCACGCCCCCGCCGAACUCGUCGGCCGCUACAAGGCCGAGGGCAAGAAGGUGUUCCGCCUCUUCAACCUGGCCUUCCACCACUUUGACGACCCGCUGGCCAAGGCGAUCCUCAAGAACACGGUCGAGACGAGCGACGGGUUCGGGAUAUUCGAGCUGCAAGACCGCAACCUGCUCGGCUUCUUGACGUGCUGCCUGUUCGGGCUCGGGGUGCUGGUCUUGGCGCCGUACUACGCGCUGGUGUGGCGGUCGCCGGCGACGCUCUUCUUCACGUACCUGGUGCCCAUCCUGCCGUUCGUGCUCGUCUUCGACGGCUGGAUGUCGGCGCUGCGCACGCGCACGCCCGACGAGGUCGAGGCGCUGCUGCGCUCGUGCGGCGCCGCGGGCGGCGACGCCGAGCUCGCCCGCUGGGAGGUGCGCUCCGGCCGCGAGUCCUUCAUGUGGCCCGUCGGCUCGCUCAACUGGAUCAUUUGCGUGCGAAGGUAG